AUGUCUUUACAAAGAGCCGUUGCUCCUCUGACAUCAUCAGUGCCCUUUAUCUUUAGAUUUGCCUCUCAAUCAUCAACCCCUCUACGAGAAUGUCGUCGCCAUAUCUUCCGUCAAUUCUCAUCUUCCCGAGUCGCAAGCGCUGAGGCAAAACGAAAGAUGCAGACAAGUACUUGGCAAACAUACACUCUCUCUACCCCUCCGCCACCAUCACCACCAUCAGCCCGCGAAGCUGUUGUUCCCGAAACUUCCAUAACCGGGGGCAUUCCACAGGUCCAUGAUACACGGCCACCUCCUAUAAGCGUCACCGAAGCUGAAGCCCAGAUUACAAAGCCCGUGAAGAAGAGGCCUCGCUACAAUUUCGUCCCUCUCAAGAAGACAAUCUCUUUGACCCCACGAGCCGUCGAAGCUUUGCGCGAUCUAAGCAACCAGCCCAAGGCGAAACUCAUCAAGAUUUGCGUCGCAAACCGUGGAUGCAGCGGUUCGGCAUAUGACCUGAAAUAUGUUGAUAAGGGGGCCCUCACCGACAUUGUUCAUGAACAAGAUGGCGUUAAAGUGUUGAUCGAUCCAACCGCACAACUCAAGAUCAUUGGCAGUAUCAUGGAUUGGGUUGAGGAUAGACUAAGCGCAAAGUUCGUUUUCGACAACCCCAACAUUGAUAAAUCUUGUGGAUGCGGUGAAUCAUUUAUGACGAAAGACGAAUCGGCAGCACGAGAAGCAGAAAAGAAAGCUUCCAAGGAGCUUUAA